ACGUCGUCCUAUGGAAACUGCGAACACGCUGGAGGACUGAAGGGAACUGGUGGAGAGCGAGCGUUGGUCACUAAAAUGGCGGCCAACGAGUUGGGCGAACCGAAGGCAACGGAAAUUGUCAGAGGCCAAGUGUUCGAAGUUGCACCGCGGUACACGAAUUUAGCCUACAUUGGAGAAGGAGCCUAUGGCAUGGUCGUCUCUGCAUUUGACAAUGAAACCAACGAAAAAGUAGCCAUCAAGAAGAUCUCGCCCUUUGAACACCAGACCUAUUGCCAGCGGACGUUGCGGGAAAUAAAAAUACUGACGCGGUUUAAACAUGAAAAUAUUAUUGACAUCAGAGACAUCAUUCGGGCACCCACAAUUGAACAAAUGAAGGAUGUCUACAUUGUGCAGUGUCUGAUGGAGACUGACCUGUACAAGCUGCUGAAGACGCAGAAGCUGAGCAACGACCACAUUUGCUACUUCCUCUACCAGAUUUUGCGUGGCCUCAAGUACAUUCACUCUGCCAACGUGCUGCAUCGAGAUCUCAAACCCAGCAACCUGCUUCUCAACACAACGUGCGACCUCAAGAUCUGUGAUUUUGGGUUGGCACGAGUGGCAGACCCCGAGCAUGACCACACGGGCUUCCUGACUGAGUACGUGGCGACACGCUGGUACCGGGCGCCCGAGAUAAUGCUCAACUCAAAGGGCUACAGUCAAGCCAUCGAUGUCUGGUCCGUCGGCUGCAUCCUGGCUGAGAUGGUCUCCAACCGGCCCUUGUUCCCUGGAAAGCACUACCUGGACCAGCUGAACCACAUCCUCGGUGUCCUCGGCUCACCUGGCCCUGACGACCUCAACUGCAUCAUCAACGAAAAGGCGCGCUCCUACCUGCAGUCAUUGCCCCACAAGGCCAAGAUACCAUGGUCCAAGCUGUAUCCGGAUGCAGACCCUAAAGCACUGGAUCUCUUAGACAAGAUGCUGACCUUCAACCCUCAUCGAAGAAUAAACGUUGAAGAGGCGCUUGCACAUCCUUACCUGGAGCAGUAUUAUGACCCUGGUGAUGAGCCUGUGGCAGAUGAGCCAUUCAAGUUUGAGACGGAGCUGGAUGACCUGCCCAAGGAGCAACUCAAGUUGCUGGUCUUUGAGGAGACCCAGUUGUUCCAGGCGCGCAACGCCAGCAGGCCACCACAGCAAGCCUCCUCCUGAGCUGAUGGUGCUGCUGCCACUUCCAUAGUGUAUGUCUGUCUCGGAGUUCCAGUGCCACACACGGGCGACUUCAUGUCCCCCGGGCAACUUGCAAGGCCCCCAGUGGCGCAAAGACGUUUUGAUCCCCCCCCCUGUUCUGGACUCCUUACCGGGUAGCUGCCGAAGAAAGGGCCGCUGCCAUCGUUGCUGGAUCCCAAGAAUGGGCUCCGUGCGAUGUCUGUGCUUUAAUAAGGUGCCCUCCCCUCCCCACCUGCUGCCCAUCUUCCGCAAUGUUAGAGAGUCACGCGGACCGUGAAUUCUGUCCUGACAUGGCACAUGGCUCAGGUGCUUGCCAUUGUGAAAGUGUGCAGAAACCUGUUUCAGAUCAUGUGCACACAUUACAGAGCACCCGUGUCACGUAAUACUGCCUCAAGGCUGGGCUCUUGUUCCGCUGCAGCUCUCUUUGUUGCACAUCUUCUUUGUUUUUAGCUUAAUUUACACACACUCUCCCACGUGCAGGCUGCUCUUUCUCGUCCCUGUUGUGCCCACCUCCUGGUUUGCCACCAUCGCUCGUGUGACUCUCCCCCCCCACACACACUUCGCACUGUCCUCUCCCUGCUGUGUGUCAUACUUUUGGGAAGAUGAGGCGGGUGCAGAAAUGGUCAAGGGCCUCUCGUGACCGCUUAUAACCCUCCUCAACAGUGCUGCCUGCUCACUUUGAACGGACAGUACGGUUGUUGAAGGAGCGUAACACGACCAGGUUUUUCCAUCGACGCCUUUGGACAUAUACUCCAGCAAAAUGAAAAUGCUGGUACGAUGGAGAUGGCCCGCGGUUUGCCGACUUCUGGAUACGUGUUUGUCGCCGAAGAGACGUGUUAUACAGUCAUUUUGUGAACGACGUAGCAUGUAAAUAGGGCUAGCGUUAAUGUUAGCAAAACAGACAGGCACUUGUGCGCGAAGCCAGUUGCGAUUUGCCACUUGCAAUGACACGGCCCCACUCUUUUCUUAAUUGCUGUUUCGGCCUCCUCUUACGACUCUUGCGUUCGAAUCCUUUUCGCAGAUACUGUAGCUGUCUUUUGCUUCCGGGGGCAGGCCAAAUGACCACCUACCUGACAUUGGCUCAUUUUUGGCCAGGUGUGAGAAAGCUGCUGCUCACUCAAACGUGUUCCUUGGGGCUGCCGCCACUUCUCAUGGCGCUCUUUUUCCCCCCAGCCGGUUCCGGUGUUGUGCGAUAUGUUGGCAGGGAUGACAGUUGGAGCGAACUUCUGCAUCUGCUUUGUUCUUCGUCGUGGUUAUCUUCUUGGCUCUGCUUUAUCGUGCAUGGCGCCCCCUUUUUCUCUUUGCUGGGGCUUUAGGUGUGUAUUCCGUUAUGAAAAAAAAAUCUGUCGUGCGUAUAUGUGUGCGUCUCUUUGGCUCGCAUUGUUCCAGUGAUAUUGUCCGUGAGUUCUGCGGGGCUUUCGAAUUUUUUCACCUGUGUUGUGAUCUAGGUUGCUUCGCAUGUGAUUUCUUCAUCUUUUUUUCCAUUAUUCCUCGACGUGUCAAACUCCUCCAUGCUGUCAAUGCAAGCUGUGCCCAAUUGAUAGUUGGGGAUGAUCAAAAUGCUGCGAGCAACAUUUUACCGCUGAGCGCAAUGCCACAGCGAGGAUGGUGUCUUCCAGGUGUUCCUUUGGAGGUCGAGACCCCAUGUUUCAGCAGCUUCGUUAUGCGCUGCGGAGAAGGUCCUUGCUAGCAGAAUUUUAACUGUCUCCUCUUUGUUCCACAGAGCAGCGGUGUCCGGAUUAGAAGUGCACAGGUGGGUGCAGGGAAGUGAAUGCAACUGUCUUUCCCCGCUACAAGCAUGUAAUAUAAUUGCGCCAGCUUGCCUUGCAGGUAGCGUAGGUCCCUGAUCCUGAUUGGGGCAUGUAGGAUACGCUGCUCUGUGUAUAAAACUAUAAGCAAGAACAAAAACGGUAGCAGCACCAUCUACUCUCACGCCGCUAGGCCGAGAAGUGCAUUCACACUAGGCUCUCUCCCUUUCUUAUGCCAUGCAGACAUGCAGUUGCAUCUGGCUUGCAAGCUUGACUAAAUUAAAAGCUUUGUUUGUUUGUAUUCUUUCUUCUCUUCAUUACACAUGUCAACUUCCUCUGCCCAAAAUAUUUAUAGGAGCGUGGCUUCUUGGUUUUGACUUUGUUGAAGUACAGUCGAACUCGAAUGUAACAAACGUCAAUAAAGUAAAUUUCUGUUGAACAUACGAAACUUAAUGACUGAUACUCGCGUAAAAUAACUACCUCUAACGAACUGGUCAUUUGAUAUGUUGAAUUUGGGGUGCCUGCUUCAAGUGCCCUAAAACCGUUUGCUGGCCACAAAUGCAGUGUUCAGGAUAGUUUUUUUAUGUAAAAGUUUUUUUUUUUUUGGUUAUGCUCUUUUUUCUUGUGCACUUUCUGUGAGGGAUGUGCUGCGCCGGCACUGCCAACAUUGAUGGAAGUGGACUUGAGUAGGCCUAAACAAUCUCGUGCAUUGAGAAUGCCAUUCUCAGUAAUUCUGAAAAACAGUUCAAAGCACAAGCAAGAAUAGCUGCCUACUUUGUGCGGUCUUGUUUGCAAUUGAUGAAUUAUUUCUUGCUUCGUUUUUCCUCUGGAGAUGAGAAAUUCAUUAUAAUGAACCUUUCGGAAAACACUUUCGUUCUUUGUAGGCUAGUUUGGGUAUGUUAAAUUAUGUGAUAUAUCAAGCUAUUUUUAGCGCAUACUUGUUCGUUAUAACCGGUUCGGCUGUACAUCAGACAAGCUGUGUAAUCUUUUUUCAAUCAAUGUUGCAAGCCUUUUCAUCUAUAUAAGCAUUCAGUGGCGACAGUGGCCAAACAAGCACUGCGCCGCUGGCCUUUGCGUAGCAAGGAUGAACCGCUGGAAGCAGCUCAUGACAAACACGCUUCAUAAAAACUUGGUAGCGCGAUUUUGCUCAUCAGCUCGGAAGCAAGUGGUGGUCGCAGCAGUUGACCCGGACAGCAGGUGACAUAGAGUGCCAGCAAAAGCAUUGGAAAUCAGGUCAAGCGUGCACUUCGAGAAAAGUUUGCACCCUUUGGGGCAUAUUUUGUUCCCAAACAAUAAUCGUCAAUCUCGCAUGCGUUUCAUUUAACACUGUGCACUGCCGGUACUUUCAGGCCACAAACGGCACGCGCGUUAUCGCCGUAACAUAGCGUUCUUGACAGGAAAGUGGCGAAUGCAGAGUUUUCGAGAAAGCAAACACGAACAAGACAGAUAAGUAAUAGAAAGUUUUAGCUUGUCCGAUAUUCUGCUAAACGGGUGGGACAGAGUGGACAGAGCCGUGGUGCCACAUGGUGGUGCAGAGCUCAGCCAGACAAUGACAGAGCUAAUAUUGCAGUAAAUGAGUGUGUUUUAAUUCACUGCACACGAUUACGCCGCUGCCGAAAAUUUACAGCAGCAAAGUAGAACACACUUAUUUACUGUAAUAUUAGCUCCAUGUUAGUCUGGUUGAGCACUGCACCAGCAUGUGGCUGCACCGUGCAAGCUGCUCAAGUUGGUGCCUCCACCUAUCCGGUAAAACGCCGUCUGCCUGCGUUUAGCGGAAUACCGGACCCACUAAAACUCUGUAUUGUUUGGGGACUGGACACACCACAAAGGGUUUAAACUUUUUUUCUUGAGAGUGUAUGUGUAUAUUUUCUUUUGUGGCUCCGUGUGUGAUAUGCUAGCCAGUGUGUGCUGGUUGCCUUUUAUGUAGGUUUUAGUUGCCGAUAAUCUAGGGUUGAGAAAAUACAGUGAGAGAUGAGAAGGUUGUGACGUAGUGCAGCCUGACGAACAGAAGCACUUCCGAGAUGUUCCACUGUGUAUUAUAUAAGUGUACGCGGUAGUUUGUGUUUCUUUGUGUCUAACUGUUGAUAUUUUUCUUCCGCCACCUCAGAGUGCAGGUUUUUGGACAUAUGCACAUCUCUGUACAGCACACAACUCGUGAUCCCUGUGUAGGCAAAGAACAUUGUGUGAAUGCAAUCAAUGAAGCUGCACACAAAUUGUUUCAGGGAAAAUUUUUUUUUUGCGAGUUAUUUUAUUUUCCCACCCACCUCUGUCUUUCCUUUCUUUCGCCUGUUGUUUCUUCUUUCUGUGAAGAAGAAAAAAAAUGCCUACUGUGCGAAGUUUAUGGGAUGCAAGGAAGGAACGAAACUUCGAAAUAUCAUUCAUUGUAAAUGCAAACGAACAGAAUACUAUAUUUAUUGAUUUUUUUUUAGAUCCUGCUGUUGUAGAUUUUUGAAUAAAUACUUCAUUUCCUUCCUGCAA